AUGUCCCCGUUGGUCGGCGAAACCGAGUCUCACCCUUCCCUGUCCGAUAUACCCUACCUAUACGGAACCGAGAAAACAUGGUUCCCCAGGUUAGCUACCAUGAAUCGUAUUUCUGCGGGAUUUCCGGGAUGUGGUACUCCCACAGUUCAUAAUGAGUUCGGCAUAUUUUCGGCACCCCUGUCAUGUAUCAAUAUAACCCUUGGACAACCAAUGUGCACUAGUGCCUCAGGUAUUCAGCCGGACAGCAUUGAUAGUACCGGCCGUAUAGAGGUAUUCGUCACUAGCUCUGCAAAUACCGGUCAGCAACGCGUAUUCUUGUUCUUGAAAUGA